AUGUUACCGCUUCCGUGGUGGAUUCUCGGAGUGGGUCCAGAUGAAGCCGACGAUGAACAAUUAAUUGAACCUGAAAAGACACCAGAAAACCCGGAAAUUCCAGAGCCAUCCACACCAUCUUCUCUUGUCUUUCGCACGCCAUCUGCAUCACCGGAAUUUCUCGCCGAAGCUCAAGAUCAUUUGCCAAAGGUUGUCGAUAUGAAUACUUUUAUGAAUGUGGCGAAGAAACGAUCGUCGUCGAGAAUGGAUGACUGGGUUUCGCCGAAAGUUCGUAAAACGAACGAAAAGAAGAGUUUCGUGAGAAACGAGACAGAGAUAAUGAACAAGACUCUCGACGAGGAGCCUGAUGGAAUCCCACUAAACUCGGAGGAUUCUUCUCGUUCUGGAAGUCCGAUGCCGUUUAAUAACGAUGUGUUCAACGACACCUUUUUCCUAGAUGAUAACAACAAUCAGAUGGCUCAAAACGAAACUGUUGUGGAAAGCCCAAGUCGAGAGCGGGAUUUCCCACUUUUCUUCACUUCAUUCGACGAUACAACGGUUCUUUUUAACACCACUAUCACUGGAGAUAUCGAUUUGAGCCAGAAGAACGAUGCGGUUGGAGACUGGGUCUUCAAGAACAACCAGUUUCUUCAGUCACCAGAUUUAAAAACCGAUGGCGCCGGAGAUGCAGUUUUCAAACAACCAAAACAGGGAAAUGGUUCCGGAGAAGAAGGAAACAAGGAGAAGGAGACGAAAAAGGAGAAGGAGAAGAAAAAAGAACUGGAGAAGAAGAAACACGACGACGACGACGAACUGGAGCAAGAUGUUGAGAAGGACGUCCAAUGUCAGGAAAUUAGGUCGUGGCCUGAAAACUCAAAAAAUGAGGUCGCGACCGAGAAAAGCCAAAAAUUCAACCCCUUCGACACCAAUGAGAGCUCCAUCGUUGAACAGAAGACAAACUCCAUCGAGAAAGGCGAAGACGUACAAAAGCCUCAGAGAGUGAUCCUCUCAUACUGUGCAAUCCCGUCGAAUUAA